UCGGGAAGAAGCAUCCAACCGCAGCUGAACUGUGUGCACGCAUGUGGCGUAUGGACAUCACAUACGAGUACUUUUGUGACUCGCUCGUGCAGCUCAAUGUAUUGAGUCCGGAGGCUGUGGGGGCGUUUAAGGACAAGUAUAGAGACUUGCACUCGAUGGUGGCAAUGGUUCAUGCUUUCCAGAAGAAAUCAAGGGAAUCUGCAUCUCAAGGGGCACAGGGAACAGAGCAGGCAACAGCCAAUGGCUACUCACAACAGACACAGAUCCCUCUCAACCAGACCCACAUGCAAGCACCUGCCCAGCAG